AUGUCUACCCAACCCGCUCACCCCGCCCUCCUGAUCCCCGGGCCCAUCGAGUUCGACGAUGCCGUCCUCCAGUCCAUGGGCCACUUCAGUGAGAGCCAUGUCGGACCCGGCUUCAUCUCGGUCUUCGGCGACACGCUUUCUCAGCUCCGGAAGCUCUUCCAGACUACCGACCCGGCCUCGCAACCCUUCGUCAUCUCCGGUUCCGGUACUCUCGGAUGGGAUCUCGUUUCCGCUAACCUCGUCGAGGCCGGUGACGAUGUCCUCGUUCUUCAAUCCGGCUACUUCAGCGACGGCUUCGCCGACUGCCUGACCACCUACGGAGCGAUCGUUACUCAGGUCAAGGCCGCUCCCGGCUCCCGACCCCAGCUCGACGAGGUCGAGAAGGCCCUGUCCGCGAAGAACUACAAGCUCCUUACUGUCACCCACGUCGACACCUCGACCGGUGUGCUCAGCGAGCUGAAGAAGCUCUCUGAGCUCGUCCACAAGGUCUCUCCUGAUACCCUCAUCGUCGUUGAUGGUGUGUGCAGUGUCGCCUGUGAGGAGAUUGCUUUUGAUGACUGGAAGCUUGAUGGUGUCGUCACCGCCAGCCAGAAGGCCAUCGGUUGCCCUGCUGGUCUCUCCAUUUCCAUGUUCAGCGGCAGGGCAAUUGAGAGGUCUCAGACCAGGAAGACCCCUCCCUCUUCAUACUUCGCCUCUAUGAAGAACUGGACUCCUAUCAUGAAGAACUACGAAGCCAAGAAGGCCUCCUACUUCGCUACUCCCUCUCCCCAGCUCGUCCGCGCCCUCCACACCGCUCUCACCCAGAUCCUGGAUAAGCCGCUUGCUGAGCGCUUCGCCCGCCACCGCGAGGCUUCUGAUAGGAUUAAGAAGGCCGUUGCCGAGCUCGGUCUCCAGCAGGUUGCCGCGAACCCCGACGACCAAGCCCACGGCAUGACUGCUAUGUACCUCCCCGAGUCCGUCAAGCCCACCGACAUCCUCCCCAUCCUAGGAAAGAAGGGUGUUGUGUUUGCUGGUGGUAUCCACAAGGAGAUUGCCUCCAGGUAUAUCCGAUUCGGUCACAUGGGUGUGAGCGUGCUUGACCCGUCGCGGAAUGAUAUCGAUAAAGCCCUCACUGCUCUCAAGGAGGCGCUUGCGGAAUGUGGACAUAGCAAGGCUUGA